AUGGACUCUCUCUCAGUACGAGCAAAGAAUUGGUCCAAAACCGCCUCCAUUCCUGCAUUUCAGUCAAAUGGUCCUAUUGAAAUUCCUCAUUUGGGUGGUGUUUCUACCCUUGUACAAAGAUGGAGAGGUUUUGAGGCUGAGGCAAAGAGCUUGAAUUCAAACAAUUCACCUAUUUGCAACAGCAAAAGCUAUUCUGGGUCGACUUUUACAGAAAAUAAUGCUUCAUCAUCAUUUGUUGAAGUGCCACAAAGAAACUCUGAUGCCUGUGAGUUUGUUGAUGGAAGAUAUGAAACUCCAACAUUGAAUGAGGACUCAUUUGCCGAUUGGGAAUCUGAUAGGGCAGCUAUGAGCGGUCCACCUUCUUGA